AAAAACAAUCAAACCGCCAAAUCAGAUUUUGAAUCAAAAAACUGAUUACCUUCAAAUAACUAGUAAUAUUAAAUACCCGCGCAUUCCCUUCGUCGUCUCUCAAAUAGUUAUCUACAAUGUCUAGUAGUGCAUUACCACCACCACCACCUGAUUGUUUUCAUGGUCUCUCUUAUUCAUUCCCAAAGAUGACACCAGUGAUGAACGUUGUUGCUCCUCCUCUUUCAUUGCAACCUAAUCUUCAACCUUCAUUGGUCAAUAUUAAAUCCUCCUCAACAUUGAAUCCAAUUCUUACUCCUACAAUACCAAAUCCUCUCACAAUCAAUCCACAUCCACUUCUUCCCGUACCAACUGCUAAUAGUGUUCUCAUUCAAACAACUUCUCAACAUCAUCACGAAGAAAAGGCAUCAGCAGCAAUUACCCACGCUCAUCAAAGUGUCAAUGGAAAUGUUAAGCAAUGUGCAAACUUUAAAUGUGGUACCACCAAAACACCACUCUGGAGAAAAGGCUGGUGUAUUGAAGAAGCAAGUCCAAAGAAUAACUUUAAAGCCAAGACAGUUUUCUUAUGUAACAAGUGUGGUCUUCAUUAUAGAAAAGGUCACUAUUGUAAAGAAUGUUUAGAAAUUUUCAAAGAAAGUGAUAUGAGAAAUGAAAAGCAAUUCUGGCUCAUUUGCACUAACUGCAAUCAAUGGAUCCAUAAAAAGUGCAUGAAAAACCCACAUAAUGAAUCUGGUAGUUAUACUUGUUGCGAAUGUCAAGAAAAUCCAAACCGUACAGUUAAUAACAAACGUAAAAAGACAAAGAAGUCCAAACAAUCUUCAGAUGAAGAAGAAGAAGAAAUUGUGACAAGUCCAUCAACAACUGAAUCAACUCCAAAGAGAAGAGUAGUUGAACAUUUCCCAAGUGAAAAGAUUCCAGUUAUUUCAUCCAACGCAACUCCUCAAUCCCCAACAACAAGUAUUCCAUCACCAAAUCAAUCAACUAACUCCCCUUCCAUGCCAUUCAAAAAGAGGCUAAAGAAUCAACCACCAUCCCCAAUCAAUAUGCAAAACUUGUCUCCAAAAGUAGCUGGAUCAAUGGCUAGAAUUUAUUCAAAGAUUGAUGGUUAUACAACUGAAACAUCCUCACCAACAACUUCAGAAACAGAAGAUGUUGAUUAUUCUCUUGCCUUUUCUCCAAUGACUGGGCAACAACCUGGUGUUUUCUAUUUCCAUCAACCAAUCGAAUCAAAGUCUGCUAUUGAUGUUUUGGCUUCGAUUUGUGAACAAUUACAAUAAUUGAACAAUUCAAUCAUCAAUUACCACAAUUUUAAAGUGUAUAGUGUGACACGACUAAGAAUACGAUGUUAACUGAGAGAGUGACAGUUCAUCAAACCUAAGAGUUUAUUCAUACAUUUUCAAAACACUUUUCUAAUCAACAAACAAUUUUGCCGGCCCUCCUUGUACAAAUCACAAAACAAUAAACAACAAAACAAUUUUCC